GUGUGGUGUCUGUGUGCCUCUUGCGUUUGUGCAUGUGGUAAUGUGUUCGAUAUAAUCUCAAAUAAAAUUGAAUCCCAUUAUGUGUGACUUGUGAAUAUAGGAUAUUUUUUAAGUUCCAUUUUUUCGAAAAUUCCUAAUUAUCUUUCGCCAACGAUAUGGCGAUUCUACAAAUUCUAAAACGACCUGCCAUAAUACGUUUUUUUGGUAUUAAACAAUUGAGUAGCAAGUCAAAAUUUGGCCUUCUCUUCGACAUCGAUGGCGUGAUUGUUCGAGGAAAAAAUGUCUUGCCCCCCGUUCGUGAAUCCUUUUCACGUCUCAAAGGACCGGAUGGGAAAUUUCGUGUACCCACUGUUUUUGUGACAAACAGCGGUAAUGCCUUACGAAGUGAAAAGGCAGCAGACUUAACGAAUUGGACAGGAAUCGAGGUGUCCGAGGAUCAAGUGAUAAUGGCACAUUCUCCGCUCCAGAUGUUUCAUCAGUUUCGUGAUAAACAGGUUUUAAUAUCUGGCCAGGGGAAAAUUCGUGAAAUAGCUAAAGAAUUAGGUUUUAAUAAGACAGUAACGAUAGAAGAAUUAGUGAGAAAUUAUCCAAAUUUAGAUUAUGUAAAUAAAGAUAAGCGAGUUGCAGUGAGUGGUCCUGUGGAUCCAAAUUUUCCAACGAUAGAAGGCCUUCUUCUGCUUAGCGAGCCUAUAACAUGGGAAACACCGUUGCAAUUAAUGGUGGAUCUUUUAAUGACAAAUGGUAAACCAGCAACAAUGCCACCGUCAAUUCCAUAUCCGCACAUUCCCGUAUUGGCGUGCAAUAUGGAUUUAUUGUGGGUUUCGGAGGCGCCAAUUCCUCGCUAUGGACACGGUGCUUUUCUACUUUGUCUCGAAAAUUUGUACAAAAAAGUCACUGGCAAGGAUAUGGUUUACACUGCACUUGUUGGAAAGCCUAGCGAAAUAACUUAUUACCAUGCAAAUCAUAAAAUUCUAGACCAUGCGGAAACUAUCGGAAUAAAUCAUAAUGUAGAUACUAUUUAUGCUAUAGGUGACAAUAUUAACACAGACGUAUUUGGUGCUAAUUUAUAUGACAAGUAUUUGGCGCGUUAUACAAAAGGAAAAGGAACGAAGACUCGAACUCUGGAAAGCCUUUUGGGAAAUAAUAUCACGGGACCCAGCGCAAAGGCUUGCAUCAGUAUUUUAGUGGAAACUGGAGUUCAUAAACGAGAUUCCAAUUUCAUAAUCGAUCAUUGUCCGAGAGACUUUCUGCCACUUGAGGAGGGUUUAUGUAAACCAGCUUUUAUAGUAAACGACGUAGGCUGUGCAAUAGAUUUAGCCUUCAAGGAGGAAAAUUUUGAUUGAGGCCUAAAUUCGAAUAGCAAACAAUUCCUAUUUUUCAGCAAGAUAUAAUGUGAUAAAGAAAAGUAAGGUACGAAUUCGUUUAUUGAAUAUUUCAAAAUCAAAAAAAAACUUGCUUAUCGUACGUUUUCAAUUACAUUAAAUUAAAAUCUAAAAACAAAAUUUAUUUUUGUUAAAUGCAAUAUCUUUAAACUUGAAUUUUUUAAAGACUUUUUAAAGAUUAUAAACACAUUUUAAAAUAAUUUAAAGAUAAUUAAUUUAAUGUAAUUUUCGACUUUUAAUGAUAUUUUAAUUAAGAAGACAAAGUCAAAUUUCCCAACGAUUUUAAUUAUAUAGUUUGACGAAAGAUAUGUAUUGUUCGCCAGACAAUUUUUUUUUUAAAUCUUUAAUAACUUUGAAAUUCUCUCAAUUGAAAAAGAAAUUUUCUGGCAAAUUGGCUAAUAAAUAUCUAGUCUCUACAUAAAGUAAAUCGCAAUAAAGCGAUAAAAGUCAUGACAAAACUGUUUUCAAUAUUAAUCUUUGAUUAAAAUUUAUUUUUUGAAACCAAUCAUUUACAGAACAGUUGACAUUUUUUUGUUAACUUUUACAGAGUAUAUGUUUUUUAGUUUAUUUUACAUUAUUAGACAAUUCGCUUACAAUUUUAUUAAAAUUGUAAGCGAAUAAACAAAUAUUUUAAUUUUUAACAAUUAUGUCGAAAUAAAUUUUUUUUAGAAUUAUUUCUAAACGUACAAAAAUGAUAAAAAUAGGAAAAAAAUGUUUUUAGAAACAAUGUGACUUAUAAUUCUAUGUGGCUUUUCCGCAGAGUUUUAUGAUAUUUUAAAUACGUUUUUGUGUUUAAAGUGCACGUUAAUGACUUUUACAAAGUUUUGGAUGAUUUUUUUUCUUUUAAUUACCGCAACAAUUAUAGCACUCGACGAAUUAAUAAUAAAUGAGGCUCGAUAUUGUCGACUGGAAGUAAUUUAUCACUUCCUAUAAAAUAGUUAAUCAAACAAAACAAGAAUGUCAAUUCUUUCGCAAUCGUUAGAAAAAAAUGUACCGAUUUUUAGAAAAAGUACAUUUUAUUCAAAUAUAUUUUUUAAAAAAUAACACUCGAGUACUUAACAUAUAAAAUUAAAAUCCUCGAUUAUUAUUUGUUAAAAGAAGAAAAACACUGGCAACUAUUAUACAAAGAUCGGAAAAAUAAAAUUUUUAAUCUUUAAAUAGAUGAAUAAUGAUAAAUUAAAAUAGCUCGAAAGUUUAAAAUCCGAUCCUCGAGGCUUAUAGACACUUUAGGAUUUAGAAAAAUGUACAAAUCAGAGUUAAUUAAUAAUUUGUAAAAUAUAUGUAUAUAUACUUGAUACACACACGUA